AUGUUUCGUAGGGCAAUUUGCAGAAGUGUCUACAGAGAUAACAUUUUCCUCAAACCUACGGACUUUUUCAGGAUGUCAACUACUUCAAAUGCAUGGAAACCUCGGUAUUUCGACAUUGGCGUCAACUUUUCCGAUUCCCUGUUCCAAGGUAGAUAUCAUGAUUCAACCAUUGCCAAUGACCCUACUGUCAUCAGUGCUGUGAUAGACAGAGCGCACUUUUUUAAUGUAGAAAAGAUACUUAUAACGUCUUCUACUAUCAAGGAAAGCGAAGAUCAUUUUGGUUUAUGUGAAGAGAAUCACCGUAACUUCAGCUCCACUGCUGGUGUCCAUCCAUGCACUGUAGCCGAAGAAUUCUAUGUUAAAGAUGAAAAUGGAAAGUACACUGAAACGUUAAGAGAUGAUGUUGACGAAAAAUUGCAAAAAUUAAAAGACAUUGUAGAAACUGGCCAUGAAUUGGGCUAUAUCAAGGCUUUUGGGGAAAUUGGAUUGGACUACGAUAGAUUGCAUUAUUCAACAGUUGACCAACAAAAGACGAUGUUCAGAAAACAGCUAGAGGUUAUUGCUGAUUUGAAGGGCCUCAAAAUUCCCUUAUUUUUGCAUAUGAGAGCUGCUUGUGACGACUUCGUUGAGAUUCUCCAGCCAUUUAUUGAGGAUGGAUCAAUCGAGAAGGGUAAUGGUGUAGUUCAUUCCUUCACUGGAACAGAAGAAGAGUUGUCCAAACUUUUGAAAUUGGGAUUUUACAUCAGUUUGAAUGGUUGUUCCUUGAAAACAGAAGAAAACCUACAGGUUGCUUCUUUAAUACCCAAGGAAAAACUAUUGAUAGAGACUGAUGCACCAUGGUGUGAAGUCAGGAAAACUCACGCUGGCUACAAAUACAUUACUCCUUAUCCAAACAAGUUUUACCCGGAAAAAUCAAUGAAAAUAAUAACGGAACUUACCCCUCAACCCAAGAAGGAUCCAAUCAAGAUGCAUGAGCUUUUGCCAUACCCUAUUGUUAACAAAAAGAACUCCGACAAACACUUCACCUUUGUGAAAGAGUUGAUUUCACAGGAGCACAAUCUCCUGAAUAUUGAUUUUAGAGUUGGCAAAUUUGCUCCUCCAUUGAUGAAAUCUAGAAACGAGCCAGUUUUCGUUGGUACCAUAGCAGAGAUCUUGUGUGGACUUCAUGGGAUAACAGAUGACAAAGAGAUAGAAGACUUUGUUGACCUAGUCUACGAGAACUCUUGCAAAUUGUUUAAGGUUUAG